CCGAACCCGAAGAAGAGGUGUUUUAUUCGCCUGAUUUAAUUUCCCUCGUGUGUAAUUAAUAGAAGCAUAUCAUAUCAUAUCAUAGAUCUGCUGACUUUUUUCCUUCGUCCCUGUAAGAAAAAAGCUAGAUGGCUGGUUCCGAUAAUAAUUCAUCUGUUUCAGCAGGAACAUCAUCGCAUGACGAGAAGCAGAAUUGGGCUAAGUCUCCUUCAACUGUUUUCAAUCACUUCGCCACAAGUGGAAUUUCUGUCGCAGUUGCAACAUCGAUUACUCACCCUCUAGAUGUCUUGAAAGUGAGGCUACAAAUGCAACUUGUUGGUCAAAAGGGUCCUUUAAGUGGAAUGGGACAACUGUUUUUAAGUGUGGUCAAAAAUGAAGGACCUAAGUCUUUGUAUCUGGGUUUGACACCUGCUUUAACAAGGUCAGUUGUUUAUGGAGGACUACGCUUGGGUUUGUACGAACCCUCUAAGCAUGCAUGUGAUCGUGCUUUUGGUUCUUCCAAUGUUUUAGUUAAAAUUGCUUCGGGAAUGUUUGCUGGUGCUUUUGCAACUGCACUCACCAAUCCAAUGGAAGUUCUCAAGGUGCGUUUGCAAAUGAAUUCAGACAUGGGGAAGGGUGGACCAAUUUUAGAGCUCCGGAGGACUAUAUCUGAAGAGGGAAUCAAAGCUCUGUGGAAGGGGGUGGGCCCUGCCAUGGCCAGAGCAGCUGCCUUGACUGCAUCUCAGUUGGCUACUUACGAUGAAACCAAGCAGAUUCUAGUCAAGUGUACAUCUCUCAAAGAAGGAUUUCAUCUACAUCUUAUCUCAAGCACAGUUGCAGGCAUCCUGAGCACCCUUAUAACUGCUCCCAUGGAUAUGGUUAAAACACGUCUCAUGUUGCAACGAGAAUCCACGGGUGGUAGAAUAUAUAAAAAUGGAUUUAACUGUGCAUACCAGGUCCUACUUACGGAGGGUCCAAGAGCACUUUACAAAGGGGGCUUCACACUAUUUGCAAGAUUAGGACCACAAACCACAAUUACAUUUAUAUUAUGUGAGGAGCUAAGGAAAAUUGCUGGCUUGGAGGCAAUUUAGUGACAACUGACAAGUCUCCACUGCUGACCAAAUUGAUUCUUGAAGUGCUGAAUAACUCCUUUUGCAAGCAAACCCCCCAUUGGGGAAUUCUUUUAGAUAGUUGAUAUCUACAUUCUACAUUGGUGAUCUGAGGUUUAUAUCGUAGAGAAUCGGAUCAUAUUUUUACUCGCAAUUAAGCAGACCCUUUUAAGAGAGAUUCAUCUACUCGAGCACGUGGUUAUGGUUGUACUCACUCCCAUACCACCACUAUUAUAAACAACAGGAAGUUGAUUAUUUUUGUAUUGUGUUGUUUUGUUUCUAUCAUCAUUAUCACUGUAUUAAAUCGAAAAACAAUAUUGCUCAACCUCCAGUUUAAGAAGGAACUGGAUGAUGUUGAUGUGAAGAUGAUUUUUCAGUUUUCUCAAAUGUUGCUGCCUACACACACGCUGCCUACUCACACACAAAACUAGUUGCUGCCUAUUUUCUUAUUAAAGGCUGUCAAACUCGAGUUUUUA